GGGGCGUCGGCGCCGAGGGGCCCGCCAUGGCCGCGUCCGAGCUCUACACAAAGUUUGCCAGGGUUUGGAUACCUGAUCCUGAGGAAGUUUGGAAGUCAGCAGAGCUGCUCAAAGAUUAUAAGCCAGGAGAUAAAGUUCUCCUGCUUCACCUUGAGGAUGGAAAGGAUUUGGAAUAUCGUCUCGAUCCAAAGACCAAGGAACUGCCUCAUUUAAGAAACCCUGACAUACUUGUGGGUGAAAAUGACCUCACAGCCCUCAGUUAUCUUCACGAACCUGCUGUACUCCAUAAUCUCAGAGUUCGCUUUAUUGAUUCCAAACUUAUUUAUACAUAUUGUGGUAUAGUUCUAGUAGCUAUAAAUCCUUAUGAACAGCUGCCUAUUUAUGGAGAAGAUAUUAUUAAUGCAUAUAGUGGUCAGAACAUGGGUGAUAUGGAUCCACAUAUCUUUGCAGUAGCUGAAGAAGCUUACAAGCAAAUGGCCAGGACCCAGUUGCUCUUGGAACCUAUGGCUCCCGUGUCUAGCACAGUGCUGCUUGAGCUGAACACCGUGGCCUUGGUGACUUGUGACACAAUGUCAAUUGGAAAUGCUAAAACAACCAGGAAUGAUAAUAGUAGCCGUUUUGGGAAGUACAUUGAGAUUGGUUUUGAUAAGAGAUAUCGAAUCAUCGGUGCCAAUAUGAGAACUUACCUUUUAGAAAAAUCCAGAGUGGUGUUCCAGGCAGAAGAGGAGAGAAACUAUCAUAUCUUCUAUCAACUUUGUGCCUCAGCAAACUUACCUGAAUUUCAAGUGCUACGAUUAGGAGAUGCAAAUAACUUUCAUUACACGAAUCAAGGUGGCAGUCCUGUGAUUGAAGGAGUAGAUGAUGCCAAGGAGAUGGUGCAUACCAGGCAGGCCUGUACUUUGCUCGGAAUUAGUGAAUCUUAUCAGAUGGGAAUUUUCCGAAUACUUGCUGGCAUCCUUCACUUAGGCAAUGUUGUGUUUAUGUCUCGAGAUUCAGACAGCUGCACAAUCCCUCCCAAGCAUGAACCCCUCAGCAUCUUCUGUGACCUAAUGGGUGUGGACUUUGAGGAGAUGUGUCACUGGCUCUGCCAUCGGAAGCUGGCCACUGCCACAGAGACGUACAUCAAGCCCAUCUCCAAGCUGCAGGCCACGAAUGCCCGCGAUGCAUUGGCCAAGCACAUCUAUGCCAAGCUCUUUAACUGGAUUGUAGAUCAUGUCAAUCAGGCACUCCAUUCUGCUGUCAAACAGCAUUCUUUUAUCGGUGUGCUGGACAUUUAUGGAUUUGAAACAUUUGAGAUAAAUAGUUUUGAACAGUUUUGCAUAAAUUAUGCAAAUGAAAAACUACAGCAGCAAUUCAAUAUGCAUGUCUUCAAAUUAGAACAAGAAGAAUAUAUGAAAGAACAAAUUCCAUGGACACUCAUAGAUUUUUAUGAUAAUCAGCCUUGCAUUAAUCUUAUAGAAUCUAAACUGGGCAUUCUAGAUUUGCUGGAUGAGGAAUGCAAGAUGCCUAAAGGUACAGAUGACACUUGGGCCCAAAAAUUGUACAACACACAUUUGAACAAAUGUGCACUAUUUGAGAAGCCCCGCCUAUCAAACAAAGCUUUCAUCAUCCAGCAUUUUGCUGACAAAGUGGAAUACCAGUGUGAAGGCUUUCUGGAAAAGAAUAAAGACACCGUUUUUGAGGAACAAAUUAAAGUUCUUAAAUCAAGCAAGUUUAAGAUGCUACCAGAAUUAUUUCAAGACGAUGAGAAGGCCAUCAGCCCAACCUCAGCCACCUCUUCAGGGCGCGUGCCUCUCACCCGCAUUCCUUCAAAGCCCACCAAAGGCAGACCGGGCCAGACGGCCAAAGAGCACAAGAAAACAGUGGGGCACCAGUUCCGAAACUCCCUCCACCUGCUUAUGGAGACCCUGAAUGCCACUACCCCUCACUAUGUGCGCUGUAUCAAGCCUAACGACUUCAAGUUCCCAUUCACGUUUGAUGAGAAGAGGGCAGUGCAGCAGCUGAGAGCAUGCGGUGUCCUGGAAACCAUUCGGAUCAGCGCAGCAGGUUUCCCCUCUCGGUGGACUUACCAAGAAUUUUUCAGCCGCUAUCGGGUCCUAAUGAAGCAAAAAGAUGUGCUAAGUGACAGAAAGCAAACAUGCAAGAAUGUUUUAGAGAAACUGAUAGUGGACAAGGACAAAUACCAGUUUGGGAAGACAAAGAUCUUUUUCCGGGCUGGUCAAGUGGCCUAUCUAGAAAAAUUGAGGGCAGACAAGCUGAGGGCUGCCUGCAUCCGGAUCCAGAAGACGAUCCGAGGGUGGCUGCUGCGGAAGAAGUACCUGCGCAUGCGCAAGGCUGCCAUCACUGUGCAGAGAUACGUGCGAGGCUACCAGGCCCGAUGCUAUGCUAAGUUCCUGCGCAGAACCAAGGCCGCCACUAUCAUCCAGAAGUACUGGCGCAUGUAUGUAGCUCGCCGGAGAUACAAGAUCACGCGGACUGCCACGAUUGUCCUUCAGUCUUAUUUGCGAGGCUACUUGGCCAGAAAUAGGUAUCACAAGAUACUCCGUGAGCACAAAGCAGUCAUCAUUCAGAAGUGGGUCCGUGGCUGGCUGGCUCGCACCUACUACAGGAGGAGCAUUCACGCCAUCAUCUACCUUCAGUGCUGCUUCCGCCGGAUGAUGGCCAAGCGCGAGCUGAAGAAACUUAAGAUCGAGGCGCGCUCCGUGGAGCGCUAUAAGAAGCUCCACAUCGGCAUGGAGAACAAGAUCAUGCAGCUGCAGCGCAAAGUUGAUGAGCAGAACAAAGACUACAAAUGCCUCAUGGAGAAACUGACCAAUCUGGAAGGAAUAUACAACUCGGAGACUGAGAAACUACGAAGUGAUUUAGAACGUCUUCAGCUAAGUGAAGAAGAGGCUAAGAUUGCUACUGGACGGGUCCUCAGUCUGCAGGAAGAAAUUGCCAAGCUAAGGAAAGACCUGGAACAAACUCAGUCUGAGAAAAAAUCCAUUGAGGAACGUGCUGAUAGAUACAAACAAGAAACUGAGCAGCUGGUGUCAAAUCUGAAGGAAGAAAAUACUUUGCUGAAGCAGGAAAAGGAGACCCUCAAUCACCGUAUCGUGGAGCAGGCUAAGGAGAUGACAGAGACUAUGGAGAAGAAGUUAGUAGAAGAAACAAAACAACUGGAACUUGAUCUUAAUGAUGAAAGGCUGAGAUAUCAGAACCUUUUGAAUGAGUUUAGUCGCUUGGAAGAACGCUAUGAUGACCUCAAGGAAGAGAUGACUUUGAUGGUGAAUGUGCCUAAGCCUGGACACAAGAGAACAGACUCUACCCACAGCAGCAAUGAGUCUGAAUAUACCUUUAGCUCUGAAAUUGCAGAAUCAGAAGAUAUUCCAUCAAGGACAGAGGAGCCAAGUGAGAAGAAGGUGCCUCUGGACAUGUCAUUGUUCCUCAAGCUCCAGAAGCGGGUCACAGAGCUGGAGCAGGAGAAGCAGGUGAUGCAGGAUGAGCUGGACCGCAAGGAGGAGCAGGUGCUCCGCAGCAAGGCAAAGGAAGAAGAAAGACCACAGAUUAGAGGUGCAGAACUGGAAUAUGAGUCACUCAAGCGUCAAGAACUAGAAUCAGAAAACAAAAAACUGAAAAAUGAGCUAAAUGAGUUACGAAAGGCCCUCAGUGAGAAAAGUGCCCCUGAAGUGACUGCCCCAGGUGCGCCAGCCUACCGUGUCCUCAUGGAGCAGCUGACCUCUGUGAGUGAGGAGCUCGAUGUCCGCAAGGAGGAAGUCCUCAUCUUGAGGUCUCAGCUGGUGAGCCAGAAGGAAGCUAUCCAACCCAAGGAUGACAAGAACACAAUGACAGAUUCCACAAUACUUUUAGAAGAUGUACAAAAAAUGAAAGAUAAAGGCGAAAUAGCACAAGCAUAUAUUGGUUUGAAAGAAACCAACAGAUCAUCUGCUAUGGAUUGCCAUGAGUUGAAUGAGGAUGGAGAGCUGUUGCUGGUUUAUGAAGGGUUAAAACAAGCCAACAGGCUCCUGGAGUCCCAGCUGCAGUCUCAGAAGAGGAGCCAUGAGAACGAGGCUGAAGCUCUCCGCGGGGAAAUCCAGAGCCUGAAGGAGGAGAACAACCGGCAGCAGCAGCUGCUGGCCCAGAACCUACAGCUGCCCCCAGAGGCCCGCAUUGAGGCCAGCCUGCAGCACGAGAUCACUCGGCUCACCAAUGAGAACCUGGAUUUGAUGGAACAACUCGAAAAACAAGAUAAGACUGUCCGGAAACUGAAAAAACAACUGAAAGUAUUUGCCAAAAAAAUUGGUGAACUAGAAGUGGGCCAGAUGGAGAACAUAUCGCCAGGACAGAUCAUUGAUGAACCCAUUCGUCCAGUCAACAUUCCUAGGAAAGAAAAGGAUUUCCAAGGAAUGCUGGAAUACAAGAAGGAGGAUGAGCAAAAACUUGUGAAGAACCUGAUUCUGGAACUGAAGCCACGUGGUGUAGCUGUCAAUUUGAUUCCAGGGUUACCAGCGUAUAUCCUGUUUAUGUGUGUUCGACAUGCUGACUACCUGAAUGAUGAUCAGAAAGUAAGGUCGUUGCUAACAUCAACAAUUAACAGCAUCAAAAAAGUAUUAAAGAAAAGAGGUGAUGAUUUUGAAACCGUCUCCUUUUGGCUUUCUAACACAUGCCGAUUUUUGCACUGUUUGAAGCAGUACAGUGGAGAAGAGGGCUUUAUGAAACACAACACCUCUCGCCAAAAUGAACACUGCCUCACCAAUUUUGACUUGGCUGAGUACCGGCAGGUGCUCAGUGACUUGGCAAUUCAGAUCUACCAGCAGCUUGUGCGGGUAUUAGAGAACAUCCUUCAGCCAAUGAUUGUCUCCGGAAUGCUGGAACAUGAAACCAUUCAGGGUGUCUCUGGGGUGAAGCCCACAGGGCUAAGAAAGCGAACCUCCAGCAUUGCUGACGAGGGUACCUACACACUGGACUCCAUCCUGCGACAGCUCAACUCCUUCCACUCGGUCAUGUGUCAGCAUGGCAUGGACCCCGAAUUGAUCAAGCAGGUGGUCAAGCAGAUGUUCUACAUCGUGGGGGCUGUCACCCUGAACAACCUCCUCUUGCGGAAGGACAUGUGCUCCUGGAGUAAAGGCAUGCAGAUCAGAUACAAUGUCAGUCAACUAGAAGAAUGGCUGCGUGACAAGAAUUUGAUGAACAGUGGGGCUAAGGAAACCCUGGAGCCUCUCAUCCAGGCUGCUCAGCUUCUGCAAGUGAAAAAGAAAACAGAUGAUGAUGCAGAAGCCAUUUGUUCCAUGUGCAAUGCUUUAACUACUGCCCAGAUUGUCAAAGUGUUGAAUUUGUAUACACCAGUUAAUGAGUUUGAAGAAAGAGUUUCUGUGUCAUUUAUUCGUACUAUACAGAUGCGUUUACGAGACAGGAAAGACUCUCCUCAACUACUCAUGGAUGCAAAGCACAUCUUUCCUGUCACCUUUCCUUUUAACCCCUCUUCCCUUGCGCUAGAAACCAUCCAGAUUCCAGCCAGCCUGGGCCUGGGAUUCAUAUCACGGGUCUGAAAGUGAUAUCAAGGCAAAUACUGACAAUACAUUUCUUGCCUGAAAUAAGAACCCAUUAUUUCAACUGAGCUACUGAAAACACAUUUUAAAAGAUACUACUUAUUAUCUCCCAAAUAAAGGAUUAUUGACUAGAACUGCCCCUAGAAUACUUUUCAUCAUCUUGGAAAGAAAGAUAGGUUCCUUUGUGCCGUGUUACCUUCAUAACAACACUUGUCCUUGGUCAGUUAGGUGUCUGCCAUUGACAUGCAGGUGAAUGACGGAAGAAAAGAAAAAAAAAAUGUGUCUUCAGCUGCCAGCAUUUAUUUUAAAUCCUUAUCACUGCAUCUAAAUGAUAUAAAAAACCUGAUUCCAGAUAUGAAUAUGAGCUGUUGUUAAGAAGGUGCCAUCAAGGAACCUCCUAUGUACUAACCAGAAGCAUUGAAAGAAAAAUCACCACCGAGUACAUAUCAUACCAGCUUAGGAAUCAAUUAUGUUGAUAAUGUCAAACUGGAACAAACAAAUAAACUGGCAUUAUGUGAAGUAACUGGACAAGUAGCUCCCUUCUAUGUGUCACUAUGAUGUAGAGAUAUUAAGAGAAUGUUGGUUUGCUUAGAGCAUGGAAGUCCAUUUGUACUGUAGUUUACUGAGCAUUUUAAAUUGCUGCUACAUACUAUGUUCUUUAAAAUGUAAGCGAUAUUCAUAUUAGGCACUACAACAAUAAGCUUCUCUUUUAUCAACUCUGUUUACAGUCCAAUCAGAUUAGUUUUAACUGGAUUACAUGCACAUAUCUACAGAUUCACCCUCACAAGUAGCAGACACUGGGAAGUCAUGUAGUAAUAUGACACAACGUUUAACAUUUAGGGAUAGGAGUAGGCAAAGUGGUUAAUGUUGAUGUCAUUUUUUCAGGAUGUGUUAUAUUGAUGUGCUCAUUAACUUUCCCUGGGUGAUAUCACAUCAGGGUACAGUGUUCUGUGCAGUGACUUAUUUUUAGUUACUAGAUCUGAUUCCUGCAGUGCAUAUUUUCAACCCUGACAGGUUUACUUUCUUCUUAAUUUAUUAAGAAUUAAUCUCAGUAUCUAGAGAGGAUUGUCAGAAUAUUCAUGAUUCAGGUCUUGAAAUCUUGAUUCUUUUAUAAAUUAUGCAAAAGAAAGUAUAUAAUAAAUAAUUGAUUCCAUUUUUUAGGCUUUGCAACUUCUAUAAAUGUUCUCAGUACCACUAGGUAUUUUCCAGAGCAUCAUAUUAGAAAUACUUUGACCUAUAUAAAAAUAUAAGGAAAUUGCUGAAUUCUACAGAGGACUUGGUUUAAUAAGACCCAGAUUCUAUAAGUUUUCAUUCUGACAUUCUAAGUAAACAUACCAUUUGUCCCACAAAUCUUAAACAAUAAAUGUUUCAGAUUGUGCAAAAGCAAAUUCUUAACUUUCACUAGAAACUCUGGUUUGGAAUUACAAUCAUAGAUUUGUAAAAAUUAACUGUUAGAUGAUCUAUAAAAUAUGUGCAAUAUUAUUAAUGGAAGUAAAACAUUUUCAAAUCAGUGAUAAAGAUUGUUAUUAAAAGAUAAAUACUGUCUGUUAACUUA